CGUGUCUGCGUUUUUUUUUUUUAACAAACCCUCUCUGCUCAAACGAGGAGUCUCCGAAAGUCAGUCUCUGUUACAGUCCUUCAGUCAUUCCGUCUAUCUCUUGUUUGUCCCUCUUUCCCACUCUCACUGUUCUUUUCUUAAUCCUAUUUCGGUUUCCUGUUACUCUUGUAGCCUGUUGCUUCCUCUUCUUCCCCCACAAACUUAGUCUGCAGAUAUAGUGCUGGGUGAUGACCUGCUGAACAACGCUACGAAGUGAGCAGUGAGCCAAGUCAUUUAAGAGCUGCCGGACAUGGGGAAGCAGAACAGCAAGCUCCGUCCUGAGGUGAUGCAGGACCUGCUGGAAAGCACAGACUUCACCGAGCACGAGAUUCAAGAGUGGUACAAAGGCUUCCUGCGGGAUUGCCCCAGUGGGAACCUGUCUAUGGAGGAGUUUAAAAAGAUAUAUGGCAACUUUUUCCCUUAUGGAGAUGCUUCAAAGUUUGCAGAGCACGUCUUUCGCACAUUUGAUGCAAAUGGUGAUGGGACAAUAGAUUUCCGGGAGUUUAUAAUUGCUCUCAGUGUGACGUCACGUGGCAAACUGGAGCAGAAGCUAAAAUGGGCCUUCAGUAUGUAUGACCUGGAUGGGAAUGGCUAUAUCAGUAAAUCUGAGAUGCUGGAAAUUGUACAGGCUAUUUAUAAGAUGGUGUCCUCUGUGAUGAAGAUGCCUGAGGAUGAGUCAACACCUGAGAAAAGGACAGAGAAGAUCUUCAGGCAAAUGGACACCAACAGAGAUGGAAAGCUGUCACUUGAGGAGUUCAUCAAGGGAGCAAAGAGUGACCCCUCUAUUGUACGCCUGUUACAGUGUGACCCCAGCAGUGCUGGCCAGUUUUGAAGAUUAGGCAUCGGCUUGUGAGUGCUUCUAUGGCUGAUCCUUAAUGCCCUUCACCUUCCACUCUGGAGAAGUCUGAUGAUGAAGAAUGACAAGCAGAAGAUAAUGAAGAAGACAGGCUUUUGGUAUACGUUGAAGACUUCGAAGAUGUGCACAACUCCCAACCCCUGAGCAGUUUGUCUAAAUGCAGGCAAACUCCAAACUGCUGGACCUUCUUACGGUUUUGAAAGCCCACAAUGACGGAACAAGAGACAUCAUUAUGUUUUAAUUAGAGGACUUCCUUAGGUGAGUGAGUGAAUUCAAUCUGCAGAGCGGACUUGAGAACAACGACCACUUCUAAUUUUCUCUUUUGUACUGUGAGAAUGUUUGUUGUGUAUUACACAAAUGUCUUUUUGCAUUUUCAGCUUUGCAAUUUGUCAAUAAUGUGUUGAAGAAUGAAAUGCAUAAUUUCCCGUGGUUUUGCAUGUUAGUGGACAUCUUUUAAUAGAGGGGCAGCAGAACAUUUUAAGUGUUUGAGUACAGUCUCGAUGCAUAAAAAAGUGCACACCUCAAUUUGUAAGGCAGAUCCAGCCCAUGAUGACUUUUACGCUGUCACCUAGGUAUUUUAUUAUAUUUAUGCUGCUGCAGGAUUUCAAGCAUAAAAAUCUGUUUGUUUGUCAUGUAGUCUGUAAAGAAGGCGUUUUACUUUCAUUUAUAGAUAUUUUCAAGCACCCGCAUGGGAAAUGGGAUCAGUUUGCUACUAAUAACACAUGCUUGGGGUUUAUGCUCUUGCUCUGGUGUUUGGCAAUGUUUUGUGAAGACGUGUGACCAGUCACACCGUGCUUGCUUCUGUUCCUAAGUAUUGUCAGGGUCAGCACUACCAGUCAGUAUUAUUAACAACACUGAAAAAGUUGUACAAGCUUGACUUUUCCCUUUUCAGCGAAACACAAAAAUAGCAUCUUGUGGUCACGUGCCAAAAAGCAGUAUUGUAUAAAUGUAUACGUUGUGAUCCAGAUCCAGACAUUUCCUAUGCCGCUUAUCCUCUCUAGGGUCACGGGGGUAUGCUGGAGCCUAUCCCAGCUGACUUGGGGUGAGAGGAUGGGGUACACCCUGGACUGGUCCGUAUAAUUUGUGAUGUCUUGAAUGAAAUGUUUAUAAUUGCAGUUGCAUUUUCGUAGGGUUUUGUAUGGCAUCCUGUGUUGAAUGGUUUCAGUUUUGGGCACGCAGGAUUUUGACCGACUUUGAAAGGCAAGAAUUAAAUUUACAAUUCAAUGUUGUGUUGUGGUUUUGCUUUCUGCCUGAAUCUCAGGGUGCACUUCAAGCUCACUGUAGAUAUUAGUGUCAGAUCAUUAGACCAUAAGCAACACACUGACCUGUAUUUUCACCUGUACACUAUUUGCUGUAUACAUAUACAGUAAUGGAGUUCAUCAAAUUUAUUACAUAUAUUAUGUAAUUAUUAUGACAGUGCCAAUGAUGGCGGCUUGGUUUUAGUGACGCUAAUUUUUAUUUUGUAAUAUAAGAAUGUUACAUUCAUGAAACAGAUUUUUUUUGACUGAGAGGACACGAUGUAAAUGGAAAACAUGAUGUAAAUGGCAAUUAUGAAUGUCAUUGUUACAUUAUUACAUGUGUACAAUAAAAAUGUUUGCAGCCUGAUGUCACUGCCCAUAUACUGCAAUACGCCUGUGUAACAAGAAAAACAAAAGCAGACAAAGCUUAGCUCUUGAGCCCAGCAUGUUUCUUGAAAAAAAGUCCAAAUAAAUAAGAUUUUUUACUGUAGUUAAAUGUCUGCAUAGAUGUUCUGUCUUUAAUGCAACGUCUGAAUGAGUGACGUGUCAAUGGAAAGGUCACAGCCAAUAAAAGCGAGAUUC